CGUCACCGGACCAGGCCGACCGGCAAUGGGCGCCAUUUUGAAACCCCGAAACCUCCCGCGGCGGCGGCGGCAGCGGCUCCGUGAGGCGGCGGCGGCUGCUGCGACCCGCGCCCGCCCGCACCGCGCGACAUGGCAGGGGUGGCAGGAGGUGGCGGCGGCGGUAGCAACGACUUCCAGUGGUGCUUCUCGCAGGUGAAGGGGGCUAUCGACGAGGACGUGGCGGAAGCUGAUAUUAUUUCAACCGUUGAAUUUAAUUACUCUGGUGAUCUUCUUGCAACAGGAGACAAAGGUGGCAGAGUGGUUAUAUUUCAAAGGGAACAAGAGAAUAAAAGCCGUCCUCAUUCUAGGGGAGAAUAUAAUGUUUACAGUACCUUUCAGAGUCAUGAACCUGAGUUUGACUACUUGAAAAGUCUAGAAAUUGAGGAAAAAAUUAAUAAAAUUAGGUGGUUACCACAACAGAAUGCUGCUCAUUUCCUGCUCUCUACAAAUGAUAAAACUAUUAAAUUAUGGAAAAUAAGUGAAAGGGAUAAAAGAGCCGAAGGUUAUAAUUUAAAAGAUGAAGAUGGAAGACUUAGGGAUCCUUUCAGAAUCACAUCACUACGGGUGCCAAUAUUGAAACCCAUGGACCUAAUGGUAGAAGCAAGUCCCAGAAGGAUUUUUGCAAAUGCACAUACUUACCACAUAAACUCUAUUUCAGUAAAUAGUGAUCAUGAAACGUACCUUUCUGCAGAUGACCUAAGGAUUAACCUAUGGCAUUUAGAAAUCACAGAUAGAAGUUUUAAUAUUGUAGAUAUUAAGCCUGCUAACAUGGAGGAGCUGACAGAAGUGAUUACUGCUGCAGAGUUCCACCCUCAUCACUGUAACGUGUUUGUCUACAGUAGUAGCAAAGGAACUAUUCGACUCUGUGACAUGCGUUCUUCAGCCCUCUGUGACAGGCAUUCAAAAUUUUUUGAAGAACCUGAAGAUCCUAGCAGCAGAUCAUUUUUUUCAGAAAUAAUAUCAUCGAUAUCUGAUGUGAAAUUCAGUCACAGUGGUCGAUACAUGAUGACAAGAGACUACCUUUCUGUUAAAGUGUGGGAUCUCAACAUGGAAAACAGGCCUGUAGAGACAUAUCAAGUCCAUGAGUAUCUUCGAAGCAAGCUUUGUUCCCUUUAUGAAAAUGACUGCAUCUUUGACAAAUUUGAAUGCUGCUGGAACGGUUCCGAUAGUGCUAUCAUGACUGGGUCCUACAACAAUUUCUUCAGAAUGUUUGACCGAAACACGCGGCGGGAUAUCACCCUGGAAGCAUCCAGGGAAAGCAGCAAACCUCGUGCCAUCUUAAAGCCGCGUAAAGUGUGUACAGGGGGUAAAAGGAAGAAGGAUGAAAUAAGCGUUGACAGUCUGGACUUCAACAAGAAGAUUCUUCAUACAGCAUGGCAUCCCAUGGAGAACAUCAUUGCUGUAGCUGCCACCAAUAAUUUGUAUAUAUUCCAGGACAAAAUUAACUAAAGAUGACUUUACUUGAGGACAGAGUCGUCGUCUUGCAUAGUUAAGCUCAGUUGUUUAUCUGUAAAAGAGAAGGCCUUGUUGUCCUACCAGUGAAGAACAUUGAUGCACUUACUUCCCUUUAGAUAAAGGAGAGGAUCUGGCCUGGUUUUUGAGUUCAUGGUGUAGUUCUGCCUUCGGCAGGGCGUAGGGAGUGUCAGUCGCAGUUUUCUGGGAGAAACCCUCUAGAGGCAGAACUGAUGGACAGUGCUCAAUAAGGCCAAUACUCAAAACAAAUGUAUUUAUUUAAAUCUGAGCCUUCCUUUCCAGUUUAUAGACCAAAAAUUUAACACCCAAGAAGAAAAAUUGUCAUAAAAAUGUAAUUUCUAUCUCUCGCGCUCUUUCUCUGCUGUAAUAUUUGGGCCUUUCAAAACAUAUAUUGUGCUUAAUGCCUGUAAACAUUCCUCCUCUGGCCUGUAUCUAGGCUUAGGUGUUUUUACCUUGGAGCACUUAGGUAGGUCUUGAGUUGGGUUCGUAGACAGGUUUCCAUGACUAUUUACUCACCAACUGUAUCUAUAACCACACCUUCUGGUGUAAACCACUUAAUAAAAUAACAAACUAUAAAAAGUGUUUUUAAAUCUGAGGGUAUGUAUUCAGUCUUUUUAUUUUUUUAAUGCAUGUACUGAGAUUGUGCAAAAUAAUUCUGAUGGGCAGUGUUUGCCCCAAAACAUUGAUUUUUGGCAGACUAAUGCAAACUUUUUUGUGUAGUAUUUUGAAUUCUAAAUUUAGAGUUUCCAUGAAAUUGUCAUUUAGUUUAAGUUGCACUGGUUUUCUUGUAAAAUGCUAUCUGUGUACCGAGUAGGAGAUGAAAAGGUUAGUACAAAGACAUCCACAGCCUUAAUAGAAAGUGACCACCUUACACAGAAGGGAAAAAAAUAACAUUUAACAAAUGUUCUUCUUUGAAGACAAAAAUUCAGUUUCUCUGAUGCCUCUCAAUGUUAGAUAGAGACAUACCUUAUGUGCAUUAUGUUUUUUAACCUUUUUAGUAUUUGUCAUGAAGAUAUAGUUUAUUUUAAAUAUUUGGCAUAAUAUAUUGUAUUUCACGUUGCAGUUCAAGCCAGCAAAAAAAUACCCCUGUCUUGAUCAUGCCAAGCAGCAAUGCAGCUGAGGACAUUUUAGCAAUGUCCUUAGCACCGAGAUGUCAGGAAACACUGAGGCUGCAAGCUGGUAUAACUGCUGUUGUUACUCUGUUCUUGCUAACUUUUUUUUUAAGCCUUAGGUACUUUUUUUUUUUUUCCCAAAGAGGCCUAAAAUGCAUCAACCUUCUCUUCACCCCAGACUAGCACGGGUGAGAAACUGUCCCUGAAGCGGUUGCAGCACGUUCUGGUAGCAACGAAUAGUGAGACAUUACACACUGAAAUGUGCCUGCAAGUUAGGAGUUCUUUCUGAAAAAUGAGAUCCCUUGAGCUUCCCAGAGGAAAUACAGAGGUGUGGUUUACACUCCAUUUUUCUUAAAAUGAAGGUGUAUUACGAUUACUGAAUCGGAUCUGCAAAUGCAAGAGCAAAAUGUCUCCGUUUUUAUCCUCCCGGUUAAUGUCCAUAGAGUGCCACUCUCGUUCACAGUAAGCUAGUACGUACAACUAACUUUGAGGUUCUACAAAUAAAGUUUAAAUAAAAUAAAAAUUCUUAUACUGUAUAUUGGUUGUGACACUAUUUGAAAAAUCUUGCGAUGUGGAACUUCCGGGUCACUAAAGCAUUAGAUUUGACCUUGUUCCUAAAAUACCUACUAGAGCUAACGCAAUGGGAUUGUACAUACUUGUUCUAUUAUUUUGACCAAAAAGUUUAAUAAAUUUUAAAUGUUUACCUGGACUUGCGCUGUGUAUCUUGACAACUUUCUUUCUUCCAUUUGUGAGAUAAUUGGCCAAAUCAGCCAGCCUGAAGAUUGUUUGUAUUUCCAUUUUAAAUGUUUAGUUUUUGAAUGGUCAUACCUCUGACUCGGAAAGCUGUCUGUUCAUAUUCCGUGAAUAUAUUAGUGCUGUCUAUUUUUGAUCUAUUUUUUCAGCAAAUGUAAGUGGAAUAUGAGUACAAAGAAAAAGGUUAUGAUGAAAUCUAUUAUAUAAAACAUGAUUUGCUUGUACCACUUUCAAUUAAAUAGUUUUUGAUGAUUCGUGAAUUUUUUUAUCAUUUUGUUUUAUCUAGAACCAGAUUUUAUUGUCAAUUUGAUAAAGUUCUUGUUCUUUCAGAUAUUUGCCCAAACCACCUUUGACUUCUGGGCAGUUUGAGUGUUGCACUACUUGUACUUCCAAGUACCCCGAAGGGUUACGUCUGGGAAAUAGAAUAUCUCAUGGGUGAGGUGUGUGACAGGGAUGUUGCCUUAGAGAUGGUACUUGACAUUAAGAUGUGAAAAACCCAUAUGCAUGUAUUCUGACAGGUUGUGAGCUGCAAAGAAAGUGCAGAUCCCCUGGCUUGCAGUUGUUUCCUAACAGUGAGGUAACUUGAGGCCUUGAUGGUUUUGAGGAAACAACUGAAGAGCAGAAGUUUUCCGUACUAGAAAAUGGAGGUAAGAUUUUUUUUGAUGCUUGUUUUAAAAUAGAUUUUGGUCUGACGGAUCCUCAGUGCCCAGAGUGAAUGUUUCAUGUCUCAAGAGUUUCUCAAACCUGAGAGAGUGUUCUCUAUGUAAUCUUCUUUCCUUGAGACGUGUGCACGUCUUUUAAAUUGUCAGCGUAGUUGUUAAGUGAUGAGAAAGGCAUCUGGGAUAACUGACGACCAGCUAUGUAAUGAAAAAGCAUUGGGAAAAGGUCAACUGCUAUCUCAAAGGUCUGUUGCUUCCUCAGGGAUGGGUUUGGAGUUGCAGGAAUAGGGUUUAAGAUUAAACUCUGCAUUCCAUUGUCAUAUUAAACUGACCACAAAAACACAGAGGGUGCUCAGCAGGUGGGUGGCAGUGGGUGCUUUGAGCGGCUGAAGGACAACCUGAUGAAAUAAGAUGUGCUUCUGAAGAGUUCAGGCACUUAAACUGGUACUUCCAUUUUUUGGGGGAGAGAUCGGUAGGUAGUUGAAAGGAGUUGCAUCUGGGAGCAGGUGCACUCCAGCCCUCAGCCUGGUUGGAAAAUGGGUGUUUGUGGAUGUAAGCUACGUGGGGCGCUGCACUGUGCGGUCUGUGGCUUCUCUGGUGAGAUGGGCAUCCCUCAGAGAAGUUGUUUCUAUCAAGCUUUCAAUCAAAUGUCCUUGUUUUGUACCCUGCCCAAAGGCUGUAUCUAGAAAUGGAGACCUUCCAGACUCUGGAAGGCACGCAAAGACUUUCCUAUGGAACUUUUCUGUCCUAGAAUUGCAGAAGGAAGAUGAGCAAGAUUUUCCGCUAGCUAUGGUUACCCUCCAUCCUCAAAUAAAACUUAGAGUGGUCAGUUUGAAGUUAUUUUCCUAUCAAACACUUUCCAUCUCCUGGCUGUUUGAGCGGCUUUGGCACAGGCUCUCCAGGAGGCACUGUUUGGGCUGGGAGACAAUCCCCUGUCUCCACAGAUGAGACCUGGAAAGAUGAGCAAGCACUGCCUCGGAGCAGGAAUUCGUAACUCAGUACAUGCUGGAUAUCCAGCGUGCAGUCAGGAGCAGGAACCCCAGGCAUCCAAAUCCAUAGUACCUGCUUCAGAUGAACACUUGGGGCCUUAAAAUGCAGUAGGAUGGCUCUCUCCUCUCGGAGACAGUGCAGGAGCCAGCAAGGGGCUUAUGCUGGAGGGGCAAAACGAAAAGGGAAGGGCAGUCAUCAGGCUCUGCAGCGUAAUCCAAAUGUGUUCAUCGGCUGUAGGUGAAGUACUUGGUGGGGGGAGGUUGUUGUCCUGUUCUUCGCAUCCAGGAUUUUUAAUAGGCAGGAAGAGCCCUGUGCUGAUCAGGUUGAGUGAGAGGAACCAGCCUGACUCUUCCCAGUUCCGAGUGAUGGUAACCAGGUGGCUGAGCUGCUCCAAAGAGUGAGCUGUAACUUCGAGCAAACACAUGUGGAUCUGCCUCGGUACUGAGUGCUGGGCAGUACAGGGGCUGCAGCCAUUGGUGUCCUAUUUAACUCACUUUUCACACAAGUGUCUUCUGGCUUAUACUGAAUUUGAUCCAAACCUUGGUGGUGCUUGCAAAACUGGUGAUAAGAACUCCAUUAAGUCUUGAGGAGUACUAAUUUCACAGGCGCUUGAGCAGACGAGCGUCUGCAUUUGGCUGAGCUUAUCUACCAGGGAAACAACUGAAGGUCCUCUGUAGUCUGGGUGCAGUGAGGAUGCUGUGGAGAGAGGAGGUGGGUCUUGCACUGUGGAGCUCUUCCUGGACUGGGAGUCUGUAUCACUCCAGGCAGGUUAAUAUGUGGCUCCUGGAAGUAAACCUCCACACAAACUGUGGGGUGUGAGGAGUCUGCAGAGAGAACAGAAAUUCCUUUUUUUUUUGCAGAAAUUCCCUUUUGUUAUAGCAACCUUGAAAGCUUCAGACACUGAGCUCAGCUUCUCUCUUUGCCUUUGACAGCUCCUGAUGGUGGUCCUUGUACAUGGAGCUCACCCAGACACCAGCCAUCCUCAUCGGGUCCUCUGCAGUUAUAAAUAGCAGACGUGACGCACCCCACGUGCCCCAGAGCCAUCAGCUCGGCUUCAGACUCUGCUCGUUGCUGUUGAGGAUUACUUUCCGCAGUAAAACAAAGCAUGCCAAAAUGCAAAGGUCUAAAGAGAGAAAAUACUUCAAGACUGCGAUGAACUGGUGGCUGCUCUGGAGUAAGAACGGUCUCCUGCUGUAUAUGCCUUGAACCUUCAGUGAUAGUUUGCAUGGGACUUCAGAAAAUUCUUGGAUCCAUAACAAGCCUUUCAGGACUUCUUUUAAAUAUCAGUGAUUCUGUGUGAUUCUGUGAUUCUGUGUGAUUCUGUGAUUCUGUGAUCAGGUAAUUUUUCUAAUACCACCAUCGCACAAACAGUCCCUAAGCCUUCCGGGUGCUCUGCGCCUGGCAGGAGCCUGCUAAGCCUGAAAGCGUUAAACCAGCCCCUGGCAAGCACAGCUUAGGUAAUAUUUCAUCUUUCUGAUGUCUGUCUUGCAUAAACCGCCUUUCCACAGCAAGAUGACCUCUUUGACUCUUUCCCAGCCCCCGUGGCUCUGAGGUCUGGUGGCAGCUGAGCCCAGCAAACCACAACUCCAACUCUCUCAGCGUAUCCUCAUAGCAGAGGUGCUUCAGCCCUCUGAUCAUCUUCAUGGACGUCCUCUGGACCAACUCCCUGCUGCUGGUGUCCUUCAGUCUGUCCUUCCAGCUGGGACAACCCACAGAGGGGUCAACUCUGGUGGAGGGGACAUUCCCUGGCCCCUGACUGAGCUCUGGGAGGGGGCAGGAAUGGCACCAGUGCCCUGGGUCCACCGCUGAAAGCACAACUGAGAAUGAGGAUUGUUAAAUGAGUUAAAAUUAGUUAUUUUUGUGUCUCUAAAGAAAUAAAGCACCUUGUACUGGAAGCAUGCUGUACUUAAAUUG